AUGGGCCGGGAAUAUCCUCAGGGCUACGAUUACUUCCGGACACGCCUGCACAAGGCAUUUGCGAGUCAAAAGAACCUGACAGACGAAGCCAAGAUCAAACAGGGCAUCGAAAGGGCGGAAGAUCGAAGCACUAUACUAUCUAAAGCGCUAUCGCACCUUGCGCCAGCGCUACGACAAACUCGCCUAGCUGGUAUCAUACGAUAA